AUGGCGUCGCACAAGUCUGAGAGCGGUCGAAUACCGCGGUUAAAGGACCUUGCCUCCCAGUCGCGGAAUGCACCAUUGCCUGUUAUCAAUGCAUCGGCGAGAGUUUCUAAUUCCUCAAUUUCUAUAUCAUCAGCGCUGCACAUUACAAGGCCCACCAACAUUAAGGCCGGGUCCCACAAGGGGUCAUCUUUAUCCGACGCCGAUUCACGACAUCCGGCAGCACCAUCGAAGCCGUCUAGAAUACUAUCCACGCACAAUGCUCGCUCGUUGUUGCCUCCGCGAGCAGCUACCCAUCCAUUGCCUUCAGUAGCUCGUUCUACUCCAAGUGUGUUAAAUACCGAGAAAAGACCACCACUACGAGUGAACACUGAGACGCCUUCCAACUCACUGGCUCAACAGCCUAUCCGUGGUAAGCCACGGAAUGUUCUUCGGAGGAAGGCACCGAGUAUUGGGCAACACACUGGGAACAACAAGUCAAUUACCGAGGGUAUAAAGACAGAAAAGCUAAAUGUUAUGAUCCCAGAUACUACCCAUCCGGGCCAAGUCAUGGGUGGAAGUUCACCACCCGGGCAGAGUCAAGCCGGGUCGACGAAGGAAACAGUUUCACCAUACACACCUCAGGAUACAGCUGUGGGAAGACGCCCCGAACAGCAAGCUCACGAUGUACCAAAGGAGCUUGCAAGUCUACGAACUACUCUCAAUACGCAAAACUUACCUCCUCCAACUCCUAUAUUUGCCUCGGCCAGCAGUCCGUCAACAAGAUACUCUGGCUCCCCAGGCAUGUGGAGUAGGACGUCAACACCCACAUCCUUAUCUUCCUAUUCACCAGGAAUUGUACAACCGGUUAAGGCCGUACCCCGUAUCAGACAACCAAGCCCAUCCCAAACCAAACUUCCUGUCUCAUCGCGGCGGGUGCAACAAACAUCACAAGAUCAUUCAGUCCAUCCGAGGGCUAUCAAGUCUCCUGGUUCCGUCCCAGAGCCGAGCGCAACUUCUUCCUGUAAAAGCCGAAGCCAGAACUCUGCAGCGGAAGGACUGGUAGUUGAUACUUCCACUGUUUCUGGAAGCCUUCCCUCCCGAAAAGUAGCCGCCAAAUCUUGUCUCCCGAGAAAGACACGGGAGAAGGCUGAUAUAGAGUUAGGCUCCUUAAGCCAAGAGAACUCCCAAGCUAUUCGAUCACCCGAGAGCACUGAAAGUAAUGCCACGUACACACCAGCACGGCCGAGUAGAGAAGGAACACAUCGGUUGCAGGUGGAACCAUCACCUGUGGUCCGAAGUAACCUGUCACCUGAUAUAGUGACAAGCCACAACAGACAGCCUUCAGUGGAAAGCUCAUUCACUUCUGGAGGGCGUCCACUAGGCUCCGUUCAAUCAGCGUCGACUUCAGUGGAUUCACUACAGUCGAGUUCUGCUCAACUGCCUUAUCGUCUAUCACCUGAGCUUUCAAGAAAAAGCCCCCGGGCCUCGACAAGAGAAACAAAGGCGCAGGAGAUUCCUCAUACCCUGACAAGCUCAUCCAAGAUUCGAAGAUUUGGGCUGUUCGCUAAAAAGUCUAAGCCUGAAUUGGAAGCACAAUCGUCUGAAGGAAGUCGCACGGCUCGCAAAGGUCCGUCUGCGGGAACAGGGCACGAAGGAUACGGCAAAUACGCACAACGCGGUCGAAGGACAAGCACCACCAGUAGCAGGUCUAGGACAAGGUCUACCAGCACGGUGAGAAGUGCAUCUAGAUCUAUUUCUAGUAAAGGAAGCAUGAACAGUCGUCCAGACAUGGAACUCGAUGAUUUCUUGCUUGAUCGUCUCGAUCCUGUCUUUAUCAAUGGUGGAGGUUUUGACGAUGCGACACUGGUUCGAACACAGAGUGAGCAAAGCUCAAGUGAUCUUAGUACAAGCUCCGUCACGAGCCCACCCCAGAAUGCCGCAGCCCCAAAGCCCUACGGCUACUCCAGGGAGCCAUUGACGUCUUCGACCGAUACCAUUGGCAAAUUCGAGAAGCUUGGUCGAGAAAGUAAGCCAAAAAACAAUGUGCUGGUAUCCCCUGCAUCUAUCCACCAGUCAAAGACUCGCAAUACUGAGAGCUUAGAGACGCCGAUCUCGAGCUCGAAUGUCGAUUUUGAGAGACCACAAGCCCGUACAAUUGGCUCUGGGCAAACCCGCCCAGGUGCUAAGGGUUCACCCAACUCUGUGAAGACAAAUGGAGCGACGAGUCAGCCAAAUAAGUCACCCAAGAAAGGAUUAGGUCUAAAGUGGAAUUUUUUCCAGAAAAGCCGCGACACUAAACAUGCGAGAAGUGAAACCCCACUCCCACCUCCCCAUCGUGUCCAAGCUACGGUAUCGCUAGCAGCAGCAGUUCGCCGGCCUAUUGCACAUUAUGCUUUGGUUGAUGCUGACUCUGAAGGUUUAGAGGAUAUUAUAAGGAAUGUUGAGGAUUCACCACCAACCGAGGAAGAAAAGCCCGAUACUCCAGUGGAGAUUCCAGCGGCCUUGAAUAUUAGGAAGCCCAGCGAAUCUAUUUUGCUGCCGUCCCCUCCUAAGUUGAACAGCAAAUUCAAGGCUUCUACGAAGGUCUACUUCAAUAAGGAUCAGAUGCCUCCCAGCUCCCCAAGUCUAGUAGAAUUCAUGGAAGAGCAGCGCCCAACACGCCUCGCCUCGGUCGGUCGGAUUCCACGCGUAGUCUCGAGAAGAGACAGGCAGCACCGACCAGCUUUGCAAUCCUUCUCAAGGCCAUUCAGUAUGGCCGAUUCUCCUUCGAUCGCAGCCCCCGUGGAGACUAAGCUAUUUGACUUCUCACCGCCGGGCUUGCCUGCACCAGAGGCUCAAAAAGGGACGUAUCAUGGGAAUCCGUCAAGCUUUGGCUUUGAUUUUACCCAACCAUUUGGCGACCCCAUGAGCCGUAGUGUUUUGGACUUUAUUGCUGGACCUUACUCCUCGGAUCAAUUCUUGACAUUCUAUCCUAGGAAGGAGUCAACGACGACCAUAACAAGCUCAAGUGGCUCUGAGAGCCUAGCAGCAGUCACGGCUGUUAUCCCAGAGCCUGAGUCCGCUUUAACCGAAGAUGAAGUGUGGGGAGAAUAUGAUGACCUCAUUGACCAUGUUCUCUCACCUGAAACUGCGAGGCCGCUUUGCCCAGGUGAUUCAGAGGCGGAUGAGAAGUUUGAACUGGCCGCCAUGGCAAGUAGAGCUCUUCAGGCUGAACUUAACGGGCUCUCCGAUCGCCAGGCCUUUCCCACAGCUGUCGAGAAUCCUGCUGUAGCACUCACUCCGGCAUCUCCAACUUCAAGCACCGGGUCUUUCCACCUGAGGCGAUCCAAGAUUGCCCCAACUCUACACUCGUCACUUGUGCCUUCUAGUCAGCCUUCGUUUAGUGACAUAAUCGCCUGCUACCACAAUGAUGAAAGUGUAGAAAAUCUGCAUGAGGACAAUCUGAAUAAUUUGUCGACUCCAUCCUUGUCUAUUGAGCAGCAGUCCAGUUUCCUCACAUCACCUUCUUUGAAUCCCUCGCCAAGCUUCGAAACCUGUCGGCAACGGAAUACAAUUUUGUUUGAUAUUGCUGAGCGUGAUCGGGAGGGGCCGACAGCGCAAACCAACAUCAGAUCGGGAUCACUCAUGACUAGUCGAUGGUUGUCCUUCGGAAGGGUUCUAUUCAGCCCCGCUCAUAAUCACAUCAAAAAUGGAGAGGAAGAGAGGAUCCUAGUAGUGGAUGGGCUAGGAAACGAUGAUUGGUCGUUUUACUGUGCUUUGACAUAUCCUAAUGCCGAAGUGUACAACCUGAACGAUGCACCGACUCCAACAGGAUCCAAACAUCCAGACGCCUGGCAGCCGCCAUCCAACCACCACACUAUCCACCAUGCAAGCCUUGAGGAUCGGUUCCCGUUUCCUAAACGAUACUUCACAGUGACUGUUCUACGCUUCCCCGCAGCAUGCUCUGAACAUGUACAAGACAAUAUCAUUUCAGAGUGCAAGCGUGUGCUGCGCCCCGGGGGCUACAUGGAGAUGAGUCUACUUGAUCUCGACAUGGUGAACAUGGGAAUUCGCACCCGAAAGGCUGUCAGAAACCUUAAGGAGAGGACCUACUUAACAGACCCCAGUAUCAGCCUCAAGCCUUCGAGCGACAGCAUACAACGCCUGCUGGGACGACACGGGUUCGACAACCUACGACGCUGUAUAGUACGGAUUCCAGUGGCAGGGGUGAUUGUAAGAUCAUCAGCCUCGUCCUCAUCCACAUCAUCAUCGAAUCCGUCCACAUUAGCGGUUACAGCCACCUCCGCCACUGUACUGUCACACCCCUCCAAUUCAUCGAUUGGCGCCCAGACAAAAGCCCAUAGCAAAUCAUCCUCCAACGACACCGACCUAUCGCUCGGCGACCUCCUUUCAGACCCUUCCCCUUCCCCUUCCAACGACGAAUCCAUCCGAAAAAUCGUCGCCAGAGUCGGUCGCUGGUGGUACACAAGAUGCUAUGAGAUACCAGUCCUGGCGAACGGCGACGCAGGCCUCAGUAUCUGGUCCGACAGGAAGGUGCUCCGUGAAUGCCAGAAGAGAGGCACCGGGUUCCGCCUCGUAAUCGCAUAUGCACAGAAGCCGAGCGAGAAACGCAGAACAGCAAGCGUUUAG